AUGAUGAGUACAGAUAGAUUGGCAUUCAAGGAUGACCACCCGCUAGCUAACUCCACUACGAUCGACGAUGUUCGUCCAGCGACAGCUGAUGAUAACCGAGAGGAAGUGGUUACUGUCUUCGACGUGGCUAAUGAAAUCGAGAUGACUUUAAAACAACUAGAGGCUAAGACUGUUGCAAAUGAUAAGCAAUUUGAACAGACUUUGAAGCUCUUUGAAGAGAAAUUGAGCCGUAUGAACCGGUGA